AACAACCGAUCGCGUUACGCGUAGCAGGUCGUCAGUAAACUUGUCUACGUAGGUACGUAUAAUUGUGGUAGGUAGUAAUUUAUACAUUUUAUUAUAUCAAGAACAUGUAAUAAAAUACCAACUCGAUAUGUAGCUACAACGAACAACAGUCGUCCGCGGAAUGAACGUGGUGGUGACCGGCGCCGCCGGCUUCCUCGGCCAGCGCCUGGCCGCCGCGCUGCUCGACGCGUCGGCGCCGCUGCCCGUGGCCAGCUUGCUGCUCGUCGACGUGAGCCCGCCCGGCGCGCCCGGCGACCCGCGCGUCUGCGCCCUGGCGCUGGACCUGGCCGAGCCCGGCGCCGCCGAGCGCGUGGUACGCGACUGCCACGUGCUGUUCCACCUGGCCGCCGCCGUCAGCGGGCGCGCCGAGGCCGAGCUCGACCUCGGGCUGCGGGUCAACUUCGACGCCACGCGCCGCCUCGCCGACGCGGCGCGGGGCCGCGAGCCCGCCGUGCGCUUCGUGUUCGCCAGUUCCGUGGCGGUGUACGGCUCCGCGCCGGGCGCGCCGCCCGACGAGGCGGCGGCGCUGGGCCCGCGCACGUCGUACGGCUGCGCCAAGGCCAUGGCGGAGCUGCUGCUGCAGGAGUACUCGCGGCGCGGGCUGCUGGACGCGCGCGUGGUGCGCCUGCCCACAGUGAGCGUGCGCGGCGGCGCGCCCAACAGCGCCGUCACGUCGUUCGCCAGCGGGCUGGUGCGCGAGCCGCUGGCGGGCGCCGCGAGCGUCGUGCCGGUGGACGGCGCGCUGCGGCUGUGGCUGAGCAGCCCGGCGACCGUCACGCGCAACCUGCUGCUGGCGGGCGCGCUGGCGCCGGGCGCGCUGGGCGAGCGGCGCGCGCUCAACCUGCCCGGGCUGAGCGUGGCGGUGCGCGACAUGCUGGCCGCGCUGCGCGAGGUGGCGGGCGCGGCGGCGGCGGCGCGCGUGCGCUUCGAGCGCGACGAGCGCGUGGAGCGAAUGGUGGCGUCGCUGCCGCCGGCGCUGGACGCCACGCGCGCGCUCCGCCUCGGCUUCGUCGUAGAUGAGAGUUUCGCUCAAAUCAUUCGCCAGUACAUUGCGGAACGAGAAGCUAUGAAUGUGUAACAUAAGCUGAUACUUAGGUUAUUCAGAUACCACCUGAGGCCUGUAUGUAUAACGUUGGAUUACUUCGGAGCUCAGGCCUCCCAGACUGGAAGCCGCUGCAACCCGUGGGCGCGUGGCCCUCGCCCUGCCACCUAAUGUUGUAGUUACGCUAUACGUGCGUCGUGCGAGUACCUACAUAGUGUACCUAUACGUACGAGUAUAAAAUGUACUAUAUUGUGUCACUGCCUACAACUACAUAGUUCUGCGUACAUAAGUACCUAUUCUGUGCCUACAACUAGGUAGUUAUAAUAAACUAGCGAACACCCGCGACUUCGUCCGCGUGACAAUCGAUGCACACUUUCAACCCCUUUCUGAUUUUAUUUUCCCGACAAAAAGUCCGGACCUUCUUUAAAAUUAAAUGAUUAUCUGAAAUCGUGCCAAGCUUCAUUUGAAUAUUCUCACUCAACUCUCAGUACAUUUAGCGUGAUGCCCGGUCAAUAAAAACACGGACAGACAGACAUACAGACAAAAAAUAUAAAGAAAUGUAAGGCAUCAGUACUUUUUUGUUUGAAGGCAUUACUUAAUUAAUGCCCUCCAACAAAAAUUUUCAAAAUAUUUUCAAUGUACAGAAUAAUUUAACAUGUAAGAUGGAAAGUUGAACAUAAACGUUCACAAAGUUCGUAGUGUGAUAUCAACUAAUAGCGCUAGUGUAUUGGCUAUUGGGUAUCUUGCCUCUGGGUGAACAAUUAGAUGGUGGGUAUUUGUUAUUGCUUUAUUUAUUAUAAAUUUAAAUUUAUAUAUAAAUUAUUUUAUCUAUACUUAUAAUAAAUCUGUAGAGAGGUCAAUUCUGUACAUGAAAUAUAUUUCCAAAAUAACUAUUAGGGAGUAAUUAGUGAUCGAUACUGAUGCCAAAAAUGCAAUCAGUAAAAUUUUUGGCUGUCUGUCUGUCUGUCUGUCUGUAUGUUCUUUAUAGAAACAAAAACUACUUGACGGAUUUUAACGAAACUUGGUACUAUUAUUCUACAUACUCCUGGGCAGGUUAUAGUAUACUUUUCAUUACGCUACAAUCAAUAGGAGCAGAGCAGUGAAGAGAAAUGUUGAGAAAACGGGAGAAGUAACUCAAUUUUUUAAGCUUCCGUCGCGUGUACAGCCUUAAUGGUUAAAGCUACAUAGAAAUCAUGUAUGACGGAAAUAUUCUCCUUAAAAUUAUCUAUAAAAACACAACAGCAUAUCUAUGUCUAUCUUUUAUGGUUGACUCACAAUAACACGUGUAACUCCCGAUAGCUUAGCAGUUCGGAGCUUUCUAAUUAUAUUUGUCUACUCUUAUGCUUAUAACACUCAUCAUUCAUCCCUAACUAAAAAAAUAAACAUUAUUACCUAUUCAAUAAAAAAAGAAUCAUAAAAAUCGGUAAAGAAACACCAAAGUUAUACAAGAAAUACGCUUAAGCAUCGCGCGUGAAUACUAAUUCAUGCUAAGUAUAUGGAUUAUUUUUGUGUAAAGGUUGCCGCGCUCGACGCGACUCGCGGGGGGUGGGGAAUAAAUAAAGAAGUGCAGCCUUAAUGAGUAGGGUAGGGGUAGGAUAGGGGUAGUGUAGGGGUAGGGGUAGGGUAGGGGUAGGGCAGGGGUAGGGUAGGGGUAGGAUAGGGGUAGUUGAAAGUUUACAACGACUUUCACGCGGACGAAGUCGCGGGCGUCCGCUAGUUUAUUAUAAAUUUAAAUUUAAUACACCGUGUAAUUCUUAGUUUUAUUUUUUAUAUUUUAUUCGUCAUUCUAUUGUAUUGAGUGUUUAUGUAUAUUGAUUAUGUUUUCAAAAUAAA